GGCGGGGCUGUGGUCUGUACAGAGAGAGUCAGAGCAGCAGAAGCUCAGUGAGACUCGCUCUGGAUUUACUGGAUUUAUCAUCUCUGAACAUCUGAACACACUGGAGUUUAUUCUUCACCAUUUACAUUCAGACAUGAUCCGGAUUAAUCUGACUGGAUUUAAUAUCGCAUGUGGAUUUACGUGAAGAUUUUGCUGUGCUGGUGUUGAAGACUCAGCAGCUCCAGAAUGCCGAUCCACUCACACAAGGCAUCUCUGGACCCCCAAGUGAAAUGGAGUUAACUUCACCCCCUGGAAAUUCAUCAGGCACCGUGCCAGCACUUCCAUUCUCCAACCUGAGCGAGUUUGAGGGGCACAUGACCCUGGCAUUACACACUGCUAACACUAACGAUAACACUAGUUUGGACAGGCCAGCGCUGAGCGGGCCAAUAGUGGCCUCGCUGUCCAUGACCCUCGGCGUGCUCUCCAACAUUGUGGCACUGCUGAUCCUGGCGAACUCCUAUGCCCGCCUGCGGCGUCGCUCCAAGGCCGCCUUCCUGCUCUUCGCCACCUCGCUGGUGGUCACUGAUUUCAUGGGUCAUGUGAUCCCUGGUGCCAUUGUGCUGAAGCUGUACCUGUCAGAAGGAGUGCCGGCAGCGCAGUAUGCCAGGCCGGAUGCUCUGUGCCAGUUUCUGGGGGGCAGCAUGGUGUUCUUUGGGCUGUGUCCGCUGUUUCUGGGCAGCGCCAUGGCAGCUGAGCGGUGCCUUGGGGUCACCAGGCCGCUGCUCCAUGCCUCUCUGGUCAGCGCAACGCGGACUAAAGUCUCUCUCUCCAUCAUCUGGCUGGCAGCGCUGUGCGUGGCGCUGCUGCCCUGCUUCCAGCUGGGCUCCUACAGCUACCAGUACCCGGGCACCUGGUGCUUCAUCAAGGUUCUGGAGGACACGGCAGAGGCGGAUGUGGCAUUCGUGCUGCUGUUCUCCAGCCUCGGUUUGGGCUCUCUGGCCUUAGCGCUGGUCUGUAACACCGUCAGUGGACUCACACUGCUGUUCGGCAGGAUGCGGAAGCAACGGUGCAACCGACAAACGGCCAAAUCUCAUGAUAUAGAGAUGGUGGUGCAGCUGGUUGGCAUUAUGGUCACUUCCUGCAUCUGCUGGAGCCCUCUGCUGAUUUUCGGCCUCAUGUCUGUAACGCACUCCUAUGAGGGCUCUAUUGGAGAUGACCUCGCCACCUACAGGACGCUGAUGAUAACAGGUGUCCGUCUGGCCUCCUGGAACCAGAUUCUGGACCCGUGGGUUUAUAUCCUCCUCCGGCGGGCUGUUCUACGCAAGAUCUACCUUGUCACCAAACGACAGGUGGACCUGAGCAGCAUCCGCCGCUGGGAGCCCAACUCUCUCCACAGCGCUGAGAAAACCACCAUCAGUAACCAAGUCUGACCACAGGGGGCGCUCUUAGAGAAAAACAUGGUCAGUAACCAGAUCUGGCCACAAGGGGUGCUCUCAGAGCAAAACAACGUCAGUAACCGUGCCUGACCACAGGGGGCGCUGUCAAAGAAAAACAAUGUCAGUAACCAUGCCUGACAACAGGGGGUGCUCUCAGAGAAAAACACGGUCAGUAACGGUCUGACCACAGGGGGCGUUCUCAGAGAAAAGCGCGGUCAGUAAUGGUCUGAUUACAGGGGGCACUCUCAGAGAGAAACACGGUCAGUAAUGGUCUGAUCACAGGGGGUACUCCCAGAGAAAAACAUUGUCAGUAACGGUUUGACUACAGGGGCGCUUUUUGGGAAAACUCUGUCAGUUACUGGGUCUGUUCACAGAGGCCACUCUCUGUAGUUAAUCAGAGAAGCCAUGUUUAGAGCAAAACAGCGUCAGUAACCGUGUCUGACCACAGGGGGUGCUGUCAAAGAAAAACAAUGUCAGUAACUGGGUGCUCUCAGAGAAAAACACGGUCAGUUACGGUCUGAUCACAGGGGGCGCUCUCAGAGAAAAACACGGUCAGUAAUGGUUUGAUCACAAGGGGGUACUCCCAGAGAAAAACAUUGUCAGUAACGGUCUGACUACAGGGGGCACUUUUUGGGAAAACACUGUCAGUUACUGGGUCUGUCCACAGACGGCACUCUCUGUAGCUAAUCAGAGAAGCCAUGUUUAGUGUCGGAAGUUUGCUCCUGUAAUUGUAGCACUGGAGUUAUGAGGCUAAUGUAGCUAACAAGUAAUGAAAGUUUAUGCCCCACCAGCUAGCGCUGUGCUAACUGCAUGUCUGAAUCAUCACACUGUUAUCUAUAAAAAUAGACAAAAGUAUGUUAGCAUAUCUAAAACUGUAGCAGUCAUUCUGAAGUCUGAAUUUAGUCUGUACUUUAGUCCAUGUUUAUAGAUAUCAGUGAGUCAAACAGUGUCAGAAAACAUAUAAUCAAUAUUAGAGAUACUAAACAACUCCACAUGUAAAUGAUGCAUGUAUGCUGUCAGCACUAGACUAGUGAGCAUAAACAAUUCUAAUUGUUAGCUACAUUAGCCUUGUAGCUCCAGUGCCAAAACUAAAGAAACAACUGAAGUGAAGCAGGUAGGUUUUCUGGUGUAGAUAUUGUCUAUUUCAGAUUUCAGCCUUUAACAAAGCACACCUUAUAUGAUGUAGCAAUAAAAACAUAUUAGCCUACAACUAUAGUGUUUUAAACUGAUCUAGGAUCAGAUUUUCUCUUCUCAAAGCUAAUGUUUAUCACUGUAGUAGUACUAUAAGAUUGAAUGUUUCAGAUGUUUAAGAUGUAAACAAAGACGUUCAGAGUGGUUUGGUGUGAAAUGCUCCAUAAUAAAGAAACUU